AUGUACCUGGUCACUGUCAGUGGGAACCUGCUCAUUGUCCUGGCCAUCCUCUCAGACCCACACCUCCACACACCCAUGUACUUCUUCCUCUCCAACUUGUCCAUGGUGGACAUCUGCUUCACCUCCACCACCAUCCCCAAGAUGCUGGAGAACAUCCAGACACAGAGCAGAGCCAUCAGCUAUGCAGGCUGCAUCUCACAGAUGUUCUUCUUCAUAUUCUUUGCUGCGUUGGACAACUUUCUCCUGGCCGUGAUGGCCUAUGACCGGUUUGUGGCCAUUUGUCAUCCUCUGCACUAUACAGUCAUCAUGAACUCCCAUCUCUGUGUGCAGCUGGUUCUGUUGUGCUGGGUCACUGUUGUUUCCUUGUUUUAUGGAACAGCACUGGGUGUGUACCUCAGUUCAGCUGCUACACAAAACUCACACUCAACUGCAGCAGCCUCGGUGAUGUAUACUGUGGUCACCCCCAUGUUGAAUCCCUUCAUUUACAGUCUCAGGAAUAAUGAUAUCCAGAAGGCUGUGAAAGCACAUCUGAGGGGAAUCUUCCAAUGGCCAUUUUUCAGUCAUAGCCACAAUUCAGGCCUUUAA